AAAUUGACAAUCCAAUUCAAUCACCUCAAAUACAUAAGGAAAUGCUGUAGAAAAACGAACACCUUAACCAAUUCCCCGAAUAGAACAUCAAAAUUCGCGGUUAGACCCAGAUAGAGUGAAAAAUGGAGUCCCAAGGCAAAAGUGAAUCUUUGGACCAAAACACGAAAACAACCGAAGAAAACGUAGCCAAAUGCUGUUUUGUGAUUACCGUGGGAAGUGACGGACUAAUAGAAAUUAGUUCCCAUAAUCCAGACUCCCAAGCGACACAAGAUGAACUAAACAGUGGUAAUCCCACAUCAACAAACAAGGUUUCGGAUAUGGUGUCAAAGAAACAGCGCUUUAGCAUAGCCGUUCUUAAAGAGGAUUCCAAUGAUAUCGAUGAAGGCCCUGCUAAAAGUUCCGAGAAGAUCAACACUAAUCUGCAAUCGCUAGAAGGAGAAAAGAAAACCGAAGUGGUGCCGCCUUUCGUGAAGAUCUGCAAUAAAGACCUGGCGAACAGGCCUUCUUUCGUGGUUCUCGAAGAUGCUUUGGAACGAAAUCGGAUUAAACAAGAUCUGGAGCAGCCGAAUUCAGAGCAAUGCCAGAAAAGCUCACAUGCUGAAUCUCAAACAGGUGAAACUUGUUCCAAGAACAGCAUGACAUCCACCAAUAAUAUCAGCCAGAGAGAUAAUGCCAUAACACCUCUUCGGAAAUUAUCUACGCAAACUGCAGCUCAGGUCCGUCAAAAACUGUCUACUUUGAACAAUAAACAGCCAGAAUUGGUUUCCGAAUCAAUCAUGAGGGCUGGCAACAGUUCGAUUGUUCAAAAACAGCAGCAACAUCAGCCGCUGCAGCAGCAUGCAAAGCAGCAACAUCAGUCGUUGCAACAGCAGACACAGCAGCAACAUCAGCAACUGCAGCAGCAGCAACUUCAGCAACAGUUUGGCAACAACUCUCCGUAUGUGACCAUUAGUUUCUUACCUAUGACCCAGCCUGGAGCAACUUCUGGCAGUCCUGUGAUGUAUCCUUGCCAGCAAUUCCUGAGUGCCACACCGAGCAACAUGUCAAGUUGCUCCUGCUGCAGCUGCAGCAAUUGCUGCCCGCCGAGGGCAACGCAAGUCUGCCAACUGCCGAUGGGCAAUGGUUGCUGUCAGAUCCAAAAUCCGGUAUACGGCAGCAACUGCUGCAUGUUGAAGCCGGAAAACUUUCAAAACAGCGGAUCCUGCUGUCCUAUAUCGAGUGUGGAGUCGCAUCCUUCUAUGGGAUUUAACGGCCAAUUCAGUCAGCACAUGAUGCAUCCCAUCCUGACAACUUCACCUUCAGCACUACAGCAACAGCAACCAAAUAUUCCGAUUGCCGGGGGGUUUUAUCCUUGCUGCUCCUGCCACUCAUUUUGUACUUGCAACCAAUGCGCCCACCACAGGAUGCCAGCCUAUCAUCAUCCUUGCUGCCAUUGCCCAGGGUUCUUUAACAAUCAACAGAUGCAUCAAUUCCAGCAGCAGCAGCAAUCUCAAUGUGUCUGCUGUCCUAUAAAAAUGAACCAGCAACGACAUUCUCCAUCCAAAGGAGUUAGGGUGUUGAAAGCCACUGGAAAACCCACCAACCGUGAUGGACUAAAGCAUAUAUUUAGCAAGAAGCCAGCUGAGAUCCCGAAACCACAAGCCCAGGAGCAGGCCAAGGACCAAGAAGAUCAUCAAAGCCACAAGAAGACGAGCAGGGAAGCUCCUCGAUCGAUUGGAGGUGCUUCGUCCUUAAAAAGCAAUUCCAACCCCACCCCCUUGUAUUUAGCUCGAUAUGGAAAAACUUGCCUGAUUCUGAGACCCAUCAGUACGGCUAUAAUGCCGCGUCUUCUGACCAAGCGAAUCAGUCGCUAUACCUCGGUGAUAGCCUGGCCCACAAAUAAUAUCAAGUCAAAUGUACACACAACCUAAACUAUCCAUCUAUCUGGGAUAAAUUAUACAAUAAAGAAGCUUCA